AUGCAUUUCCUCAACAGGCAUCCGUCACGCUUGGAUUUUGUUGGAGAUUACGCGCGGCUUUUGGCGCAGCAGAACGACAGAGAAGGAAUGAAGCGUCUUGUGGAGACGUGCCAAUCAAUGGCCCCAACAGCGUUCUGCACAUUUCAGGUGUAUGGUCAGCAAGCGCGCCUUAAUGGGGCCCUCGAUGAGGCAGUUGAAGUUCUGCAUGCAGCUACAGCACUAAAUCCGACGGCUGGCGAUGGGUGGACGCAGCUGGGUUCGGCGUAUUUGGAGACGGGCGAUCUGCUAUCAGCAGCGAAGGCCUUUGCUGCAGCAGCUGCAGCAGCUCCUGCAGCAGCAGCAGCACAUUUGGGGGGAGGGCAGACACAGGCGCUGCUGCACAACUGGGCUGCAGCAGAGCAGCUGUACGCUGCCGCUGUCAAGUGCAGGCCUGAUUUGGCAUCAACUUGGUGGCAUCUUGGAACUGCAGAAAAACAGCGAAAUAAACAUUCUGCAGCUCUGAAGAGUUUUGAACGGAGGCUGCGUUUGGAUGGAGAAAAGGGUUCUAUGACGGCGGCUGUUUGGGCUGAGCGUCUGUUAGAGAGUUUUUUCAAGGAAACUUUGGGGUCCAAGUGCCCGAAGGCCACUCCUCUCCUUCAUGAAUUAAGCAGGGGACAGUAUUUAUAG